AUGCCCAAAGAAAUCCGCGAUAUCAAGCAGUUCAUCGACAUCGCCCGGCGAAAGGACGCCUCAGCGGCGCGCAUCAAGAAGAUCGCGCCCCGGGUAGCGGGCGGCAAGACACGCACAAAGUUCAAGAUUCGCUGCACGCGUUACCUCUACACCCUCGCCCUCGACGACCCCGAGAAGGCGGAGAAGCUCAAGGCGAGCUUGCCUCCUGGCCUGAACAUUGUCGAGGUCGAUGGCACACCAAAAAAGAAGUAG